AAUGGCCAAAGUUAAGGACAACUCCGCGAGUAGUCCCAGAGGCAGGGAAGACCUUUUGGACGAUGAUUGCUACGAUAACGUUGGCCCUCCUGACGGCAAAGAUAUGUACUGCACGGUGCCGGAGAUCCAAGCAAAAGAAAACCCAGCCACACCGGAAAUCGGCGAGUACGACGACGCGGUGCCAGCCGAUCGUGCGACUCCCCUCGCUCCCGAGGCGACGAACGAGGACGACUCGGUGUACGACGUCAUAGGACCAUCGGCUUACGCGAAUUACGAGGAACUCGCCGAGCCAGGGACAAUGGGCAUAAAGCCAUCGGAGGAGUCGGACUACGAGGUGGUGGAGUCGAAAUCGGUACCGCCAGAGCCCAAGGAAGCGUACGAUGACGUGAACCUGCCGCCGGCGCGAGUGGCCAAGACCUUCGCGGAGCGCCACGAGAGGAUCAACAGCCUGUACGCGAGCUCGGGCGUCGCAAAGUCCGGGGGCUACGACAAGGAGUCCGAGUGGGAGGACCUCGGGGACCUGGUCAUGUACGACGACGCCGGGGUGAAAAUGAGGAGCGUCGCCUGCAGCCACGGGGGCCCGAGCGCGAGGAAAAAGUUGGGCCCGAAUCGGGGCAGGUCGCGCAAGGUGCGCCGCCAGCGGUCCCGGGCGUCGCGGAAGGGCUCCACCAGGUCGAGCGCUUGCGGCAAGGGCCGAGCGAGGCCGAGGAACCCUGGAGCCGUUUCCGACUCGUCGGACGACAGCAACUACGAGGAGGUGCUGGUGGAGACCUUCGAGCCGGACAAUUUUAGCACCGACUCGGAAUCCGAGUUCCCGAGCCGGUCCUCGGUACCGAUCGCCCAUCAGUACGACCAAAACGGUACUGGCCACCUGGAGGCGCCCAACCGCGAGGUGCCACCCCCGCCGGUCCACGAGCCGAGUCUCGGCAACACCCUUGGCCGGCCCAUCAAAAUGCUCAGGCGCACUUGGAGCAUAACAAAGAGCCUCGGUCGCAUGCGAAAGCGCGACCAGGUCGCCGCGUCGAACCACCAGCCACUGCACGAGUUGUCGGACAAAACACAGUCCGGUGUCAACGAGCUACAAUCCAUCAGUCUGAAUAACAACCACAACCACAUCAACAACAACAACGUGGAGCUGAGGAAGUACUUUAGCUUCAAGAAGCCGUUUAAAAAGAGCCAAGCCCUGACGAGCUCGUCGACCUUCUACCUCGACAAAUCGGCAUCGGCGCCCGACGUCCUCGGCGACGAGCGGCCGUCUGCCGAGGAGGAGCCCGUCUACUACUCGAACGACCCGUACAGGGAGGCCGGGCUCCCCGACGAAGCCCAGCCUCAAUCACCGCCGCCACGGGACGACGCCGUCGACGACCAAGUUGCCGUGGACCACUACAGCGUCCUCGCCGAGGAGCCGCUCUACCAGUUCUACAUCGAGUCCACCCUCAAAGCCGUGCCCGAGCCCUACGAAGUUGCAUCCUCGGAUUACGACGGCUACGAGACGGUGGAGGAGCUGGCGCCGACCUCGGCGACCACGGAUCUGGCCAAACCCGGCCACCGGACUCUCUGGCAGGAGACGCCGCGCGUCAAAAACAGCGCCCUGCUGCGCAAUAGGCUGUCGAAGGCAGAGCUCAAGCUCCAGGAGGCCAAGUUCGAGAUCCUGACGUCGGAGGCGUCGUAUUUGAUAUCGUUGCGGGUCCUGCAGAAGGAGUUCGCCGAGGACCGUGAUUUGCGGCAAUUCCUCGGGCCGGAGGAGGAGAGCUGCCUGUUCGACAACGUCCCGGGGGUGCUCGUCGCCUCGGAGCACUUUCUCGCCGAGAUGGAGUUCGCGUGGGACCGGGACGUCAUGCUCGGCCGGCUGUGCGAGCUGGUGGUCGGCCACGCCGAGCGCUGCGCCGGGGUUUACGUGGACUACUGCUCGAACCAGGUCAACUUCGACGCCCGGCUCAAGGAGCUCCAGACGCGCAAGCCUUGCCUCGAGGCUCUCGCGAGGAUACAGGCGCGGCCCGUAUGCUACGGCCAGAGGCUCGACUCGUUUUUGCUGCUGCCCAUGCAGAGGAUCACCAGGCUGCCUCUGCUGGCCGAAGCCGUGCUCGCGAGUUUACCGCCCGACCACAUCGAGCGGUCCAGCUGGGAGGCUGCGCUCAAGGCCUUUCAGAACAUUGUCGUCAAGUGCAACGAGGGGGCCAGGCGGGUCGAGCGCCGCAACGAGAUGGACGCUCUCGUGAGAAAACUCGAGUACCCGGCCAAAGUGCAGCCCGUGGAUCUGACCGACAGGGAGCUCAUCCGCAGCGGUAUGGUCGUGCAACUGCUGUCGAAACACGACAAGGAGAGCAAACUCACUUUCGGCAGGAAGGCUCACAAGACACCGCUCCACUUGGUCUUGCUCACGGAUUACCUUCUAGUCACGAAACUCAAGCCAAACUCGAACGAGGAUACGUACAGCGUCGUGGACACGUGCAAGCGCGAUCAGGUGGUGCUGGAGAGCGUCCCGGACAAUUCACCGUUUGCGGGUAAACACGCGUUAUUGCUGACGCUGCUGGACAACCACGCUGGUCAAAGAGUCGAGUACGUCCUGGCGUGCGCCAACAACACGGAGAGGGAGCGCUGGCUCGACGCUGUUUCCCCGCCCAAAACCGUUGCCGAGGCUGAAGCCCUUUACGCGCCCAUUAAAUUUACGCGGGUCGUUGCCGAGCACUCGUACUUUCCCAGACAACCCGACGAGCUGGCACUCCAACCAGGCGAUGCGAUCAAAGUGCUCAGAAAAAUGGAAGACGGGUGGCUGUUUGGGGAAAAAUUGCUGGACGGACAGCAGGGCUGGUUCCCCGGUAACUUUACGAAGGAGAUACCUUCGAAGCACGCGAGGAUGAGGAAUAUACGUGUUUGAAAGCGUUCAUGGAAACUCUCUGAGAACAAAGAAAGUAUUGUACUUACAGGGCCAGUAACUUUUGUAUGUUUAUACAUAUGAGCCUACUCGUCAUAAUUAUCGUUAAUGUUUUUUUUUUUUUUUUUUGUUUUUUUUAAGACUUUGCUCGUGUGAUUUUAAACGAUACGAGUGUUUUGUAAAUAUUGUACACUUAUACAUACAUUUAUAUACGUACGCAUGUAAGCUUUUUGUAACAAAUGUACAUGAAAAUUUAUUUGUAAUUUUUCAAU